AUGCAACAUGCUUCUAGACAAGAGAGCCAAAAAUUUUUUUCAACUUUAAGAGCUCAGCAAUGUAAUCAGAACUGUUUUGACUGUGGAGCAAAUGGCGCAACAUGGGCAGCAACAACUUUUGGAAUUUACAUUUGUUUAGAUUGUAGCUCAAUUCAUAGAAAUUUAGGCGUCCAUAUAUCAUUCGUUAGAUCAACUAUUUUAGAUUCAUGGACAUGGGAUCAACUUCGUAUAAUGAAAGUAGGGGGAAACUUAUCUGCAUUAGAAUACUUCAACAAGCAUGGAGGAUCCUCAUUUUUAACCUCAAAAGAUGUAAAAGCAAAAUACACUAGUAAAGUAGCCACACUAUACAAAGAUGAAUUAAAACAAAGAGCUUUUUUAGAUUCUAAAUCUAAUCCUAAUGUUUUAAUAGAAAAUGAAGAACAUUCUUUAGAAAAUGAUAAUACAAAUGAUGAUUUUUUUGCUCAAUGGAGCGAUCAAACAUCUCAAAAAUCUACGUCAAUAUACAAUACAAACAUUUCAUUGCCAACUAAAAUUUCUACUGAUCAUGAAACGGAGAAAAUUUAUAACCAUAAAAAACCUUUAGAAUCCAAUUCACCAAAAGUAACUAAUAUUUUAAACACAUCUAAAUUAAAAUCAAAUAUUUCUGCAAAUAGAAAAUUAGGAAUAGGAGCAAAACUUACUCAAAAACUUGGAGCUAAAAAACUAACAGAAACAAUUGAUUUUGAUGAAGUAGAAAAAAACGUGAAACAAGAAAAUUCUAUCGAUUUAAAUCAUACAAUUGAAGAACAUAAAAUAAAAACAAAAAAGAACGAAGAUUCAAAUGAUUCAAAUAAAUCCGAUUCACAUGAUUUGAAACCAUCUUUAAAAAUUGGUUAUUCUGUUAGAAAUGAACCAGCAAAGCUUCAAAAAUUAUGUUUUGGGCAAACCACAAGUCUACCUAAAUCGUUCAAAACAAAUAACAAUACAUCUUCCAAAGAGACACCAACUUCUAAUAAUUUUUAUGACAUUACUUAUGCUCGUGAUAAAUUUUUUGGACAAAAAUCUAUUUCUUCUGACCAAUAUUUUGAGCGAAAUUCAUAUGAUUCUUUUCUUCAAGAAGAAGCCAAAACACGUUUACAAGAAUUUGACGGUGCUCAGUCUAUUUCAUCAAACCAAUAUUUUGGACGCGAAGACGAAGAUGAUAUAAAUAUACGAGAUUAUAAAAAUUUUGAAGAAUCGGCCAAAGAAUUUAUUCAAAAAUUUGCUGGAACAACAAGUAAUGAUAUUGAAAAUAUCAAGGAAGUGUUAAGUCACAGUGCACAAAAACUAUCCAAUAUAUUAUACGAAUUUGGUUCAAAAUACCAUUUUUAA